ACCUGUCGUUCCAUGGUGUGUUUAAUGCCCGCCCUUUCCUGCAAAGAGAUCUUCUCUAUUACACAACCUGAUAAUCAUUAUUAUAAUCUUUCUUCCGUUGCUUAAACCUCCAAAAAAUAACUGCACUCUUAAAAAAGUUGCUUGUCUUGAUCUUUUACUUUACUGUUUUCAUAUAAUUUUACUUUUAAAAGCCAUCUUUAAUCAAAACUCUUUUUUCUCCCCCUUCGUUCCAUUGCUGCGGGUGCAGGGAUCUAGUUGCAGUUAUUGCAUCCUCUUUGGAACCCCUCUCUCAACGGUUCUUAGCAUGUUGGGAAUCUUCCUUAUUACUUUCUAACUUAGCAUCACUGCCCCCGACAUUCCACCCAAAACCACAGCAAGUCCUUACAUUCCAGUCAUCCCCAACAUUCUUCUCUAUAAAACUGCUUGGCUUUCUCUUAAUUUUGGUAGAUCAAAUCCGUAAGUCCAGCCACAGUCCUUCCGGGUCAGAUUCCAUUUUGCAUUUCUCAUUCAACCAGACAAAACGAGUUUAUGUUUAUAUUCCUCACUUCCUAACUCCCACCCCACACUCUCUUCCAAUGAGAUUUUUCCUGUUAAACUGUUCUUGCAAAGUCAUUGCAGUUUUUACAUUAUAAAAGUCGCGUUGUAUCUAAAAUUUUCGUUUUGAUGCUCCUUAUUGCAACUUAAUCUUGAUUCUCUUUAUCCUGCUGACGACAACAGGGAAGGCUGCCAAUAACAAUGAAAGACGAAUCCUACUCAGCAAAUAACUUUUUACGUGAGAGAUAGUGUUUGACUCCUGCUCUUCAAGUGGAUGUGAAGGACAGCAAGGAGGAUGUUUGAUCGAAAUAAACAAGCCGAUGAAGCCUCUGCUGCUUCAGCACAACAUAUAGAAAGAAGAGGUAAUGAAGGCUCUCUACAACAGGAGAGAGGUAGCAGCAUGCAAGCACCAGAGCUGGCUGGGCCUGGGGUACCUGUCAUACAGAACAGACAAGGCUAUUGCAACUGUUGCCAUGUACACUACAGUAAUCUUGAACAGCACGUGUACAGUACCCAGCACAGGCACUUUGCCACUUACUGCAGGAAUCGUACGGGCACAACUAGCCUGAUGGAGCGUUUCCUGCAAGAUGUUUUGCGGCACCAUCCCUAUAGAUACCAUGAUAACAGACCGACUCACGACGACAUACCUAUCAGCAACUCCCAACCUCUUCCCAGGAAUGAGGCUCUUUUGCCGGUGAAAGUGCUGGAGAAGGAAAGUGCCAUUAGCAAGGGAGAAGAACCGAGCACCGACAGUGCAUUGACUGCGGAGUCAGGCUGCUUGACUUCCCAGAGAUCACACGAGGAACUGAAAGAGGCUCCUGGGCCAGUCACACUUCUCCAUACGCUAGAAGAAAGGGGGAAAGUGCGCAGCCAAGGAACUUCGCAGCAAACUAUAGACAUCUCUUGCACUACAAGAAAUCAUGUUGCAGCAGAUGGAACUCCGACUGAAAGUAGUAGCCAUAAAACCCCACUUGCAGCAGUGAACCCCUUAGCCUGCCCAUCAUCCAUUAGCCACUCACCACCCCCUCCAACGCUUGCAAAAAAUGUGAGGCAUUCAGUAAUACCAGAUUUGGCUUCACAGAACAGGUGUGAGCAAACCAAGCAGAGCAUAUGCGAUCAAGAUGGAUUGCUGAUGCCAAAUUUGAGCCCCGUUUUGCAGUCUCCCCAAAGAACUGUUUCACAUUCACAAGAUGGAUUACCGAUUCCAAAUUUGAGCCCCGUUUUGCAGUCUCCUCCAAGAACUGUUUCACAUUCACAAGAUGGAUUACCGAUUCCAAAUUUGAGCCCCGUUUUGCAGUCUCCUCCAAGAAUUGUUUCACAUUCACAAGAUGGAUUACCGAUUCCAAAUUUGAGCCCCGUUUUGCAGUCUCCUCCAAGAAUUGUUUCACAUUCACAAGAUGGAUUACCGAUUCCAAAUUUGAGCCCUGUUUUGCAGUCUCCCCCAAGAACUGUUUCACAUUCACAAGAGAGUCCUGUGUGUAAUCAAGGCAACUCUUUAAUCUCAGGUCAGGUUUUUUUAAAACAAGGUGGCUUACAGGCUCAGGAUGAAACUCAGAUCUCCGACUUCUGUCUCAGGGACUCCAGCAACCCUGUGGGUACCGGUAACUCGCUGAGUUUUCAAGCAGUUCCCCAGUUUUCAGAGGGAAAAGAAAACCAGCUGAGCAGAAGCGCAGAAACUUCUGUAGAUGAAAUCAUUGGCGAAGUCAUUCUGAGACAGUGCUGUGAAACUUCUCCCAAAGAGUUGCCUCUCAGAGACGAAGAGAUGGACCCAUGCGUAAAUAUCCUGUCACUUCUGGACCACAGCAGUGUUCAUGGAUCAGAUGUAAGCUUUGAUUGUGAUGCAAAUGCUCAGUCAGGAGCACACCUGCCUAAGGCAGCUGUUAAAAAUCUAGAAUUGCUCAAAGAGGUUCAAGUAAAUUUACAAGAUGAGAAGUAUUGCUCCCAGCUCAGUUCCAUUCUUCAAAAUAACUCUGUGCAGCAAACAACAGAAGCAGAACCAGAACCAGAAGCAGAUGUGUCCAUUCAUCAUCAAGAACCAGUUCUCCCAGCUUUGCCCCAUGUGCCUCCUUCCUUUGUAGGAAAGACAUGGUCCCAGAUCAUGUACGAAGAUGAUAUGAAAAUCGAAGCCCUUGUGCGGGAUUUCAGGGAAGGUCGCUUCCGCUGCCACUUUAAUUCCAAGUCCUUGGCUAAUGGUGCAACAACAAGGAAGAAGAAGGAAGAAGAAGAAGAAGAAAGGAAAAUCAGUGCAAUUGCAGCGGAGGAAUUGGAGGCUGUGUCGGAUAAAGGCCUUCCGGAAUUUGGCUCUGACUUCAGCAACUCUCCUGCUGCCUCAGAAACACAACACAUUCCAGAAACAGUAAAGAAGCCUCAAAAAAGGACUUGGCGCCUUGCCUCAAGAUGCCAAGUAGUCAAGGUUAGCCAUGGCACACAAACUAGCUUGCUGAACUAUCCCAUAGUGAAACACAAAACCAUUAGAAGAGACCAUGAGCAGCCAGAUCCGAAAGGUUACUUUGUAUGGUCAGAGAAUGAGAAGACACCCACCAUGAAAACUAGGCUCUGUGCCCUCAAGCUUCCUGAGUCUUACACCAAAAUUCUGAACCCUUUGCAGCCCCAAACCACAGUCUAUGUUCUUUCCUGUCCAGAGAUGAAAUUGUCUAGGAGCAACGCUGAAGACAUUCCCAAAAGGAGAAGAUGCUACAACUCCACAGAUAGUAAGGACUCCAUAAGGUACAAAUACAAACAGACUUCUAUUAAGUAUUAUGACCCACUGACGAACCGAGUUUUAAAAACUCCUCCCAGGAGUGUCGCUGGAGGAAAGGCAAAGAAGGCUUCGCAUGUCCGGCAGCUAUUCAGGAGUCUCAGCCUUGAUGCAAACGGGAAGAAGCGAGCCGAUACGCAGUAUGAAUGCAUAGCACCAAAGUCCUUCAAUUCACCAGAUUUCAAUGGUUCGUCAACACCUCUCACGCCGGAUCCAGUUAAGGAGAAAGAUAAGAAUUCAAGUCAUAAGACGGACGACUCUUCUGUUUCCCCAGAGAAGUCUGAGUGUCUGGUAUGUAGCAGUUCAGAGAAAUCCUAUAAGCACCUAGUUCUUUCACCACUGAACUCCCACCGAUCCCAGCGGGACGGUGACUUUAGGUUAACUCCCUUCAAUAGGCAGAGGAGAAAGGACAGUAGUCGAGAGCCAGGGUUUUCAAAAAAAGCUGCAGGACUAGCUAUUGUAAGGCGUUGCCUCAUUCGGAGAGGGAUCCGGAAACAGCCACCCAGGACUACAACUCAGGCAAGGGAGGGGAGGAUGAGAAAGAUUUAUUGUGCUGCAAAAUCCUCUGGCUUGUCCAUUUCCAGGCAUCAAACAAAGAAAGCUACUGUAGCAAAGCACCUUAAGAAAGAAAAGCUUGAUGCUAAAAAGUUAAAGGCGGCAAGCGAACCCAAGGGGACACUUUUGAAUGACGCAGCUAUUGUGGGGGUGGACAUUUCUGAAGAGAGGCAGGGAACCACUCAAGGGCUUCAUCCAAAGUGAAAAAAUUAAGGAGGUUACUGGAGGCAAAAAUCUGCUUUGCACUGUGAAGUGUUUCCCAAACCACACCGACAUGGAUGUUGAUUUUCCCUACUAAGAGGCACUCAAGAACAGGCCGAAGAGGUGGAAAGUGGGAGGGCUUUUCAGAAACCUUUUGCUGCGCCAGAGCUAGAAACUGAACAAGUUCAAGGUCCGACAACAAGCGUACAAACUGUUCACGUUGCUGCUCUGGUGGCAUGCUGCACAUUGCACUGUUCUAUUAUGUAGAAGUUACAAAAAAAUGUGUAUUUGUUUGUUUGAAAGCACUAAAAGGUCCUGUUUAAUAGGCUCCCUUGCAUCUUUGCCACAGCAGAGAAAUGUUGAACUUGAGUUGUACGUUAUUCUACCUGAAGGGAAUGUAGUGCACUAAGUUUCGGAAGUGAAUACAUUUGCCUUGUACAUAAGACUCAGCUUUUCAUACCUAGCUGACAAGAAACCCACCAAAACUUUACUCCACAAUGGCUUGCGUCCCUUGAGCAGAAGACAUCCCUUGCAUGUGUGUGCGAGGAUCACCAGUCCUCCCCCCUUCCUUGUCUACACAGCUCUACACAGGCACCCUGCUGCUCUGGAGGAUCCCUAACAUCUGGAGUCAGUUUGGGGGGGAACUGCAGUUGGGAAAUUGGACAGCCUCACGACGUUAGCAGAAGUGCCUUCAGCUUGUAAUGUGUGGUCGCUGGAUCCAAGCCCAAGAGCUAGGAUCAAAAAAUUAAACGGAAUUGUAUUUCA